AUGGCUGACCUGGACGCCGAGCUUCUCGCUUUGGCGGGAGGGGAUGAUUCAUCAGAUGAGGGAACUUCCACGCCAGCCCCUCAAAAAAAUCUCUCCCCUCUUCAUUCCUCCUCCAAGGAACAACACUCUGUUGAAGACCAAGUGGAUGAGAUGGCGCGCAAAGGGAUGGCAAGACCUGUCAAGCGGAGAAAGAAGGUGAAGGAUGAUGAAGAAAGUGAGGAAGGUGAACUUUCUUCCUCGACCCCCCGCUCUCGCAAGUCCCUGAAUUCCGCGUCCAUGUCUGAAUCCGACUCAGAGACGUCGUCGCAUGCCGAAGAGAAGCAGGGCCCCAUUUUCCCGUACGAAAAACUAUUUUACUCUGCCAAAGACAAGGAUGAGAUCAUGGCCAUGCCGGAAAUCCAGCGAGAAGAGCUGCUUUCUGAAAGAGCUCAACUCGUCGAUCGCCACAACCAGGACCUUGCUCUUCGUCGCCUGCUUGCUAUGCGGGAGCGCGAGGAGGCGAAGGUUACUGAGAAGAGAAAACGCAAGGCUUCUGACACCGAGGGCCAACGCAAGAGCUCGCGUCAGAAGACCACGCUAGGUGGCCGGAAAGUUGGCGAAGCCUCCGGUGCGAUCGAAGCCUACAAACGCCAGCGGGAGCAGAAAGGCAAGCGUGAAGAACAGCGUCGCCGUGAUGCCAGUAGCAGGAAGAAGGGCGAGCGGUCCGCAUCCCCAGACGGCUCAGAUGUCGACGCCCAUGGUGAAAGUGAGGUGGAAUGGGACGAUGACGCUCGUCGCCGUUCGACAUCACCAGCCAAGGAUGCACUUCCUGCUGAAUUUCGAGACUUUGAGCGCGCACGAGUCAGCCGGCGCAACUUUGCACAAUACUGCUUUUACCCAAAUUUUGAAAAACUUAUUGCUGGCUGUUACACUCGUCUGAACGUUGGACCUCAUCCUGAUACUGGAGAAACUGUGUACCGACUUUGUUUGAUCAAAAGUUUUGUUGAGGGUAGACCAUAUGCUAUUGAAGGCCUAAACGGAAGGAAGUUCGUCACCAAACAGUAUGCUGUCCUAGAGCAUGGAAAUUCGAAGAAAGAAUUCCCCUUUAUCUUCUGCUCAGACGGUCCAUUCACGGAGUCUGAGUUCAAUCGCUACCGUCAGACCAUGGUCGUCGAAGGCUUCAAAAUGCCUACCAAGUCCGUUCUGGCUAAGAAAAUCAAUGAUAUUCACAGCCUGAUCAACUAUCAACUUUCCAAGGAGGAACUAGAAGAAAAGCUGAAACGUCAAGGCACCCAUGACAAUAAAAUGGCCGUCUUUCAGCGUAUUCAAUUGCAAAAGCGUCGUCAGGAAGCACUUGCGUCUGGGGAUGAAGCCGCUAUCGCCGAGUGCGACACAGAGCUUGCCCGCUUGUCUGGUCCGAAAUUAGCGUUUGGCACAUCGCUUGUUGAACCUAGGUCUUCUGAAAAGACACAGCAGGAACGCCUGGCGGAACUCAAUCGUCGCAAUCAGAAACUCAAUGCCGAAAAUGUUCGCAAAGCUGAAAUUGCAGAGCGACGAGCUGCUCGGCUGCAACAAGCCGCGGUUGCCCGUGGAGAAGCAUUACCGGAUCGGUUUGCUCGGGUGAAGACUCGUGCGCGAACGCAUUACGACGCGAGCGGUAACCGUCUUGUGCCCAAAAAGGAACAACGUAGUGAGAUCAGCGGUUCUGUCACCCCCCUCACUGCUGCUGGCACCCCGAACAAAGUUACACCCCCUCGUGGAGUUACGCCUGUCAAUAUCAUCAAAAAAGACGCUCCAGCCCAGACCGGGAUCCCAAAGCUUCGUUACGCGCCGAAUGCCGACGAAAUUCUCGCUGCCUCGCUGGAUUUUGAAAUCGAUAUUGAAAUUUAA